UCAGGUCAAUGUCUGGUCAAUGGUUCUCCUUGACCAUGUUUUCCAGGGUCCUUUUACUCAUAUCAAUAGUGACGUCACCACUCUUUUCACACCCUUGUGAGCCAGACACAGACGAUGACUCAUUCGUGCACCCGGAAGACCAGUAUGCCAUGCUGGCUCCCGAGUGCUGCCAGUACCUCUCGGGUCUGUCUGAGACACUGAGUGCUUUCGUGGCUUGUACAGUGUGGAAUGCCAAACCAUUCCGAGUAUGCCAAAAGUGCCUGAAUGAAUAUCAGAAUGUCACGAAGGCGUCAGACGCUCUUUAUGACGACACCACAAACUACAACGGAUCGACAUGUUCAGACCAGCUUCUUUCGUCAGACAAGGAAGCUGUCAUCUACAAAGUAUUGACAGACUCUCAGAAGAUAUGGUCCAUCUCUCAGUGUGACAAGUGCUACGACACUUCAACGAAAGGGUCCACCGUGAUGUCAAAUGACACCCAACACUUUUUUCAUUUGACAAAGUUGGUCUUCAACUGCUUCUCGCUUGAAGAACAAGAGGCCGGGAAUGUGUGUAAGCAGUGCAAGCAGUUCUACCGCAACCUCAACACCUUCUACGCCUCACUGGGCAAGACUUCCUCCGACAUAUGCAUGGACAUAGUCGAAUCCAUGAAUAAUACAAGACAGGCGUGGAGUAGCACCUUCAACUGUCUGGUUCAGUAUGAGGACACAUUGGCAGUGGCCUUCACCCUCGCCUGCAUCUGUCUGCUGCCCAUCUUCCUCUACGGGGGCACUGCCAUCCUGGAGACCAAGUACCAGAACGAAGUUUUGAAACGGAAGAGUAAUAUGUACGAGGAGAUAGGCGGGCACUCUCAUGGCUCGUCGGACAACCAAGCCUACUCGCCCUCCUACGAAUACAUGGACUCGGCCUACUCUGAGGAGAACCCCCACGUGUUACCCGUGAACACAAUACCACCUCUGGACCGUCCCGGACCAUCUCGUGGUAUGCUGGACGACUCCAGUGGGAAUACGAGGUCUCUAAUUGAUAUCAACGAACAGUCAUCAUUAAAUCAGACCACUUAGAGAUACGAUGGCAGUUGGGAUUCAGUUAUCUAUUCCUAAUCUAUUUUUCUUCUAAAUCCGCCCAUCUUUUUUUUAUUUAGCGCUGAAAGUCUGAAUAAGUUUUUUCAUUCAUCAAUUAAAAAACAAAAGUGCGAACUGUGAAAAAAAUCAACAGAUGUAUUUAAUAGUUUAUUGUAUUGAAUGGUUGGCGUAUUUUCAAGAAGGGAACAAAAUAUUGCUCCAAUAUCAUAACUUAUUCUCUUGUUGAGAUAAUUUUUCUGCCGUUUAUUUUCUGGAUUUAAACGUAUUUUUUCCGCUGUCAUGCGAUUUAUGUUAUUGACUAUUGUAGUUACUUAGGUUGAGUACACAUGUUAGCUCAAACUUCUUGCAGGUUUUUCAUCUGAGUUUAUAAAAGAAGAGGUGCUAUAUUUUCAAAUGAAAUUUUAUACUAUCUCCAAAUUUAUUGUU